AUGGGUUCUCUCCUAUCGCAAUUGCAGUUUUUCUUUCAACAUGGUAGAUGGCAGGAAGUGCUGAUAGUCUAUCGCCAUUACCAAAACAUAACCAAUUUGAAGCCCAAUAAUUCUAUCUUCUCCCUUCUUAUCAAGUCUUGCUCCAAACUCUCCCUCAGAGCGCAAGGCCAGGCCAUCCAUGGAGAAAUUCUCAAGCUUGGUUUUGAUCAUGAUGCUUUCCUCACAAAUGCUCUUAUCUCGAUGUAUGGAAAUUGCAGAGAUUUAGACUCAGCCCGUAAAGUCUUCGAUGAAAUCCCUGAACCAGGUGUGGUCUCAUGGAACUCCAUGAUCUCGAGCUAUUUUCACAGUGGCCACUGUAACACUGCAAAUGAGCUUUUCAAACUAAUGAAGCAUCCAAAUCUUAUUACAUGGAGUGUGAUGAUUGUUGGUUACUCACAAAAUGGCCAUGCUCAUGAAGCUAUGCAACUCUUCAAGCAAAUAAGAAGAGAAGCAGCCCAAGAAGAUGAGUUUUUUCCAGAUUCCACCAUUGUUGGUGCACUCUUAGCAUGCGCACAAGCCAAAGCUCUAAGCUUUGGUGAACAAAUCCAUGCCUAUACAGUGAAGGUCAGCGACUAUAUACACUCUGAUCCUAUUUUUGGGGGCGUUCUGUUGGACAUGUACUCAAAAUGCAACUCCAUGGAACCUGCUCAAAAGGUCUUCGAUUCCAUGAUAGAAAAGUCAGUGGUGGCCUGGUCUAUUAUAGUUGCAGGGUACGUCAACAAUAGCUGCCAUAUUCAAGGCUUGGAGCUCUUCAGGAAGAUGGUUAAGAGCAGUGCUCAACCCAAUCCAGUCACUCUAGCAAAUCUGAUCCCAGCUUGUGGCCAUAUAAAAGCCAUCUUACAUGGUAAAGAAAUGCAUAGUUUUGCCAUUAGAACCAGCAUGGUUUUAGAUAUGUUUGUAUCCACUUCAUUGAUAGAUAUGUAUUCAAAAUUCAACAACAUGACUUAUGCAAUUAGACUUUUCGACAAUGUGGGCCCCGAAAAGACAACUGCAAUAUGGAAUGCUUUGAUUGGUGGGUGGUCUAUAAAUGGCCAAUCUCUUGAUGACAUUUGGUGUGUCUUCAGAUCGAUGAUUGGUUCUGGUGGGGCCUGCCCCAACUCAGUCACCAUUGCCACCCUUUUGCCUGUUUGUGCCAAGGGUGCUUUUCUUCUCUUUGGAAGAGAACUCCACUGUUAUGCACUCAAACUAGGGCUUGAUUCAGAGACUAUUGUCGGGAAUGCCCUUGUAGACAUGUAUGCCAAGUGCGGGACUGUGGGACCUGCUGAGAGGCAGUUUGAAUGGAUGGAAUCAAGGAGCAAAGUCUCCUGGACGGCCAUGAUCUCAUGUUAUGGCAUGCAUGGAGAUGGGGAAAGGGCAAUAAGAACGUUCGAAAGGAUGACAAGAGAGAAACAGAGGCCUGAUCACAUUACUUUUGUGUCACUCUUAUCGGCUUGUAGCCAUACAGGGCUCGUGAGAGAGGGACUAAGUUAUUUUAAGGCCAUGGGAGAGGUUUAUGGUUUGAAACCAACACAAGAGUGCUAUGCUUGUGUGGUUGAUAUGCUUGGGAGAUCUGGUCAUGUUGAAGAGGCAAUAGAGGUAAUUUUGGGAAUGCCAAUUAAGCCAAGCGCUAGCACUUGGGGUGCUCUGCUUAGUGCUUGUAGGAUUCAUGGAAAUGUGGGUGUUGCAGAGUUUGCAGUGCAAAAGAUAGAUGAAUUAAAGAAAGAGGGAGGUGGGUUUCAUACACUGAUGUCAAAUAUUUAUGCAGAGAUGGGGAGAGAGGAUGGCGUGGUUAUGAUGAGGAGGGAGAUGAGAGAGAAGGGAGUCGCAAAGAGAGCAGGUUGUAGUUGGUUAGAGAGGAAGAGAGAGAUGAAUGCCUUUUUUGCAGGGGAUUUUUCACAUCCUCAAACGUAUGAGAUUUACGAGGCCUUAGCCAGCCUAAGGAGCCAUCUGAAAGAUGAAGAGAGGGAAGGUAUAACAGGAUGUAAGGCAUUAAGCCAGACACAUCGUAAAGGUUGA